UGUACGAAGUUUACUUAAUGAAAAAAAGAAAUCAAUCCGAGUGUUAUAAAUCUCUCUAAAGAAGACAGACCACGGUAGAAGGUAGAGAAGCAGAAGUGGCCAGUCCCCCGAUUUCAAGUUCAUUGAGAUGAAAUUGAUGUUGCUUUGGACUAUUGUUACAUUACUGGGAACUGUUUACACAGCUAAGGAAGCGUGUAUUAAGAAUGAAUGUCGGGAUGCUUUAGAUCGAUGCUUGGCCGUCAAUCAGACAAAUCGAGUCUGUCGAGACGUCGACGGUAACUGUCGAGCCGACGGAGAUCACUGGGAUUACCUCAACUGCUUGAGAUUGGAGUGUCGAAGUCACAAAAUAUCAGUCUUAAAUGAUAAAUGUCUGAGUACCGUUAAAGAAUGUCUGACAAUUACCAUUGAAAAUCAAAUGUGUCGGGACCAACACGGCAGGUGCAGGGAGACCGGAAGUCGCUGGACACACGAUUGCUUUGGGAUGACGUGUCAACAAAACAAAGUGUCAAUCAUAAAUGUCAAAUGCUGUGUCCGAGAUUCAGUUGAUUGUGUGAAGCCGAUUGUAUGUCGUUCUCCUGGAGAGAUCUGGAAAAUCCCGGGAAAUGAAACGCUCCAGACAUGCAAAAUAGUAAAGAACAAAAUGGGACGGUACACCUUCCAGUACUUCGUACCAAAAAGAUGAAAACUUUCGUGAGAGCAAUG